UUUUACCAUGAACUUUUAAGAGUUUCAAAAUCCUUGGGUAGAAAAAGAAAUUUAAAAACUUGAAAAAAAGAAAAAUUCAGGAGAAGAAUAGAGAGGUGGGAUCCAUGGGGUAAUUAGGGAGAGCAGACUUCAACAUCAAGACAAAGGAGCAGCGUAAAUGACAGCUAGCAAUGAAGGAGGAGGCUCACCUGCCAUAAACCCUUCAAUCCCUUCCCUCUUCUUUUUAGCCUUUGUUUCCUUCCUUUCUCUCCUUUUAAAACUUUCCCAUUUCCCUUCAUUUCUUCAGUCUUCUUAUUCAAGGUACUGUUUCAAAUCCCAUUGCCUUUGCUCCUACUUGAACAAAGAUAAACUGGGUUUUUAGGUUGUUUGAUUGCUAGGUACCUCAAAAUUCGUUCUUUUGGUGGUUUUCGAACUUGGGUUUUUGGUGGGGAGAUUAUUUUCUUGGAAUUCUGAAUUAAUUUUGUUUUUCUUUGGGCGGGAAUUGUAGUUUUUUGACCUCAAGUUUAGCAUUUUCAGUGAGUUGUUUUUCUUCUUUGGACAUUUGGAUUGGUGUUACAUUGAAAAUUUUAGUGUCGGCAGAGAGUAAGAUAUAGAAUUAUGGGUUCAAGAAGCAUUUGUUUAAAUCUUUUCAUCAAGAAUACUCUGUUUGGUAGUAAGAAAGUGGAGGAAAUGAGAAGGAUUGAAUUGAAUUUGAGAAUAAAGUUUUGAUUAUUUCAGUCAUUGCCAAUCUCAAUUAUGAACUAAAAAGCCAACUUCUCAAUUUUUUCCACUCUGUUUUUUACCGAAUUGGGUUCUCAUUUUGUCUUAUCAAUUAAGCAAAAGGAAAUCAUAGUUCUCAAAAUUCAAUUCCUUUUUCGUUUACUUUUCUUAGGGAACAAGGACGGUAACGUAAAGAAAGUGGAAUUAAUAUGAUUAUUGUUGGUUUUCAUUUUGGUUUUUCUCAAACACUGAAAAUAGGAAGCUUCUGCUGCAUUUGAUUCAAUGAAUUUCACUGUUUCAGCUACCAAAGUAAUUUGUAUACUAAUAAGUUCAAUUUUGUUAACUUUUGUUGCAGGUUUCUCAAGAAAAUUCUCUUCAUUUUCCUGGAAUUAUCUUUAUUUCCAGAAAAUUUUGCUCACUUAUCAGUGACAAAGAUUUUUUGCAGGUUUUGUAAAUUAUUAGUAUAAUUAAAACAUGAUUGGAUCAACAAACUUCAUUGAUGAGAUAGAUUGCGGCAGCUUCUUCGACCACAUAGAUGACCUCCUCGACUUUCCUAAUGGGGAUGUGGAAGCUGGCUUAUCCGCCCCCGACUCUGCCAUCAACGCUGCCGCUUUUCCUAGCAUUUGGACCACUCAUUCCGAGUCAUUGCCUGGUUCUGACUCUGUUUUCUCCAACAACAAUGUUUCCGACCUCUCCGCAGAACUCUCUGUUCCGUAUGAAGACAUUGUUCAAUUGGAAUGGUUGUCAAACUUUGUUGAAGAUUCUCAUUGUGGAGCAAGCUUGACAGUUAAGAAAGAAGAGUCCUUUUCAAUCAAUAAGGACUCAUCCCAUCCUCAAUUCCAGAUUUCCAGUCCGGUUUCUGUUCUUGAAAGCAGCAGCUCUUGCUCAGGAGAGAAAACAUUGCUGUGCAGUCCUGAAACGGCUGCCCCUGGAAGGCAUGGACGUGCACGUAGCAAACGUCCACGCCCUGCCACCUUCAAUCCCCGUUCAGCGGUCCAGCUUAUCUCCCCUACAUCAUCUGUCAAUGAGAAUGACAUUCCUCAGCAGUUUGUUGUCCCCAAGGUGCCUUCAGACUCUGAGAACUAUGCCGAGUCCCAGCCUUUGAUCAAAAUACCUGGGCAAGUUAAUCCAGAACAUAAGAAGAAAAAAAAGAUGAAGUUGUCACUUCCAGCUGCCCCUGCUGUUAAUAUUCAAAAUCCUUCAGGACAAGCAGUUAGGAAAUGUAUGCAUUGUGAGCUAACAAGGACACCACAAUGGAGGGCAGGGCCGAUGGGGCCGAAAACCCUUUGCAAUGCUUGCGGCGUGCGCUACAAGUCUGGGAGGCUCUUCCCAGAAUACCGUCCUGCAGCAAGUCCAACAUUUGUUCCAUCAUUGCACUCAAAUUCUCACAAGAAAGUGCUAGAGAUGAGAACCAAAAGUGGUGCAGCACCACCCACCACAACAAUGGUUACUGCCGAUUCACCAGAGCUGAUUCCAAAUAAAUGCAAUCCAGCAUUAAAUUAUAUAUGAGGGAGGGUGUUGAGAAUUGUGAAAUCCCAUGUUGGGAUAAUCUUUCUCCUCUCUAUUUUCCUCUCUUUUUUUCCAUUUUAUUUUGUUAUUCUCUUACUGUUAUUUUAUCUCUUUGUUCAUUUGUUUUUUGUACAGGGUUGGAAGGGGGGGGGGGGGGAGGAACCAUAGAUGAUCAAUAUUUUACAUAGUAGGGAGGGUUUGUAAUGAGAAAACUGAGGACAAAAAGGUAGAGAAAAUGAAAGCUUAAGGGUUAGCAGAGUUGUAGGUUUUAGUGAUCAGUAGAUCCUUAAAAAGGUCACUAGUUAUUGGAGUCUAUUGUUUUUUUUUUCUCUUUUCCUUCCUCUUCAUGGGAAUUCUUUUUGCAGUUCAUUUGUUAGUAGUAAUCAAAUUUCUGAGAUGAGUAAUGGAAUUUAAGAAAUUGUUAAUUUUAGUUGAAUUUCUCCAAUCUUUCCUUCAAUUCCACACAUUCCACCAUUCAAAAUUUCCACUUUCAUGAUGCUAAUUUUUUUCUUCUUUCUUCAUUGGCAAUGAAACAUUCAGCUCUCUCCAAUUGCUGCCAUGAACAUUGCCUAUUUUGAUAUUUGGAAUUCUAGCAAGCUUGCUAAUGGUAAUUGAACUUCUAGAGAUUGCCCAUUUUGAGGAAAAUAUUUGAAGAGACAUGGACAAGUUGUUCCAAGUUUGAGAGGAGACUUCAUCAAAAAUCAGAAACCAAGAGGAUAAGUCAUUAAAAGAAAAUGAAUGGUUUUAUGUCACACUUUACAAUCUUGAAUUUCAAGCAAAAGUAGGCAUGCCAUAGAUAUCAUGGUUGCUGAACCAAAUUGAGCAAAAAUCCCUUAUGACUCAAGAAAUGUAGGAACUUUUGUUCUAAAAAACAAAUCCCUAAAAAACUUCAACCUUUUUAACUUUUAUUCUUUGAAUCGAAGUUAAGAGAAUUUGAAUUUUGGUUAUCGA